AUGACUGAGAACUAUGAGUACAUGCCGCGAGCGAGGCAGGACCCUGAUGUUGAAUAUCCUUUAACAAUUAAGUAUUGUGGUGAAUGCACUAUGCCUCUGGAGUAUUGUGAAUUUUCACCAUUUCCUGAAAAAUGUCGAGCAUGGUUAGAGAAAAAUUUACCUGAAGAGUUUGAACGACUUAAUACCGAUGAUGUGGAUUCAAAUCAAACUGAGGCAACGCCUAAAGGACGUCAAGUUAGGGGUGGAAAAGGAGGACCUAAAAAGCCAGUAAAACAACAAAUAGCAGUAUUUAAAACUUCCAGAGGCAAGAAAAAAUAUACGACUAGUGUCACUGGAUUGUCCACAUUUGGGAUUGACCUGAAAGCAGCUUCGAAAGUAUUUGGUCACAAAUUUGCAACCGGUAGUUCAGUAACGGGGAAUGGUGAUGAAAUUGUAAUUCAAGGAGAUGUAAAAGACGAGCUAAUUAAUGUAUUAAUAGAAAAAUGGCCAGAAAUUGAUAAAGACGUAAUAGAGAAUCUCGGGGAAAUGAAACGAUAGACCAAAUUCGUUAUUUUGGUGUACAGUGUUGUAAUUAAUUUUCUUGCUUUGAAAAUAC